AUGUCUAUCCCCAUGAACCGUCUCGGCGGCCGCGCCUUCGCCCACACGGACAACGACGAUGACGAGACGGAGCGUGAGUACGACCGCCUCCGCGAUCUGGCCCGGGCCGAGGCCGAGAAGCGGGGGUCUUGCUUCGAUCGCUCCAAGGAGGCCUACCGCAACGGCGACGGCGCCGCCGCCAAGGAGCUCUCCAACCAGGGCAAGCAUCACGACGCCCAGGUAGACGCUUACAACCAGCAGGCGUCCGACUUUAUCUUCCGCGCCAACAAUGCCCCUGGUCGCAUCGACGAAGACGAGAUUGACCUGCACGGCCAGUUCGUCGAGGAGGCCGAGCGUAUCCUCGAGAUGCGCAUGCGCGCCGACCGCGACCGUGGCCAGUCGCACGUCUAUGCCAUUGUCGGCAAGGGCCACCACAGCGAGCGCGGCAUCCAGAAGCUCAAGCCCGCUGUCGAGAAGCUCUGUCGCGAGAUGGGGCUCAACUAUGCGACGGACGAGCAUAACACGGGUCGUAUCCUGAUCAACCUCCAGGGCGGCGAGGCGGUCCUCCCGCCGCAAGGUGGCAAGCACCAUGGUCAGCAGCAGCAAGGCCAUCACCAGCAGCAGCAGCAGCAGCAUGGAGGCUACUCGGGCCACGGCCAGCAGCAGCACGGAGAACAGCAGCAGCACCACCACCAGCAAGGUUACAACCAAGGACAGCAGCAGCACCAGGGCCAGCAGCAGGCCCAGCAGCAGCAGGACGAGGGUGCGGAUCUUCUUGUCAAGCUUAUGCGCAAGAUGGAGAAGCACUGCUGUAUGAUUAUGUAA